AUGUUAGUGUAUUCAGAAGUCAAUUCUCCAGCAAGACAAUUAUUUUCAUGUUGCAAUGACUGCUCUAUAGAUAAAGCACUUUUGACUAGAAUGAGACAAGAAGAAGCUGAGGAUUUAAUAGCAUUAUCAACUAAAAAACUACAAGAAAUUUAUGACUUCGACAGUGAAUAUUUGACAUCAAAAAUUUUUUCAAGAAAUUCAACACAAUCCAGUAACGUACUAACAUAUCCAUUUAAAAGUUCCUCGACAUCGGCAUUUAUUGCCAAACAGAGUGAUUAUGAAAAAAUUCGACCGAAAGAUACUUGGCAUUGGAAAUAUAUUGACACAACUAGUCAAUAUAUACCGUCGUUUUAUCUCAACAAACUACAUCAUUCAAAUCAUCAUAUAUCAAUAACUCAGAUUGAACAUUUUGACCCUUUAAAAACACCACAUAAACGAAUAAAGUAUGUGCAACCCAGUUACUCGAUAACUGAUGGCAAUCGUAGCCUACAAUUCGAACUGAAGAAUAAUAAGAUAGAGAAGAAGAGUGUACUAAACCCAAUUAACUCAUGGAAUAUACCGGUGAGAAAGUGGUUUUAUAUAAUUGACGUUCGACACAUAAAGAACGCAUCCUCCAAUAAUCCGCCUCCUAAACAUAAUUUGUUCAUGCAAAUAAAUGAAAUCACACUGACUAAAAGUACUUUACUAAAUCAAAUCCCUUUAAACAGGACAAGAAAUUUAUUGAAUAAUUCUAAUGUCAGUAAAUGUGGAAAAACUAAAUCCUAUUUAACACCCGAAAUCUGUCGAAAAGAAUUCAUAAAACUAAGUAAAUCCAGUUCAUUGAGCAGAAAAUAUCGUCAAAUGACAAUAUUAACCGUGUUACGUGAAAGGAUACCUGGUUUCUCGAUUUUCUUAAUAACUUUGAAGAAAAAAACCUCACCAGUUCCGUUAAGUGUGGUCUGUCGCAUAUCCCCCGGAACUGAUCUGCAAGAGAUCGCUAAACAGAAACAAUUAGAAAUGAAAUAUUUUAAGUGGUCGGUUUUGGAUAUAUUGUCUUUACAAUCACAUCGUUUUGCAACAAAAGAAUAUGUGAACGUUAGUUGUUUAAAGUAA